AGCGCAAGCGGCGGGAUCGUUCUCUCUUUUACCGCCAUAAGAGCGGAGUCUUUUUCUUUGGGACCGCUUCACUGCGUAGAUCCACCUAGUCAAGCCGCCAGCUAAAGCAUCACUCGAGACCUGGCUAAGAUGGCAGACAUGGACAAUAAGGACCAGGCUGAGCUGGACCCGGCAGAUUUGGAGGACGUGGAGGACGUGGAAGAGGAGGAGACUGGAGAGGACGUCAACAGCAAAGCUCGUCAGCUCACCGUGCAGAUGAUGCAGAACCCACAGAUUCUGGCCGCGUUGCAGGAGAGGCUGGACGGCCUGGUGGGCUCGCCGUCAGGAUACAUGGAGAGCUUACCAAAGGUAGUGAAGAGACGGGUCAACGCCCUAAAGAACCUACAAGUGAAAUGCGCCCACAUUGAGGCCAAGUUCUACGAAGAGGUCCAUGAACUGGAGAGAAAGUACGCCGCUCUCUACCAACCCCUCUUCGACAAGCGAAGCGACAUAGUUAAAGCAGCCUAUGAGCCAGAGGAGGAGUGUGAGUGGAAGGCUGAUGAGGAGGAAGAGUUGACAGAGGAGAUGAAGGAGAAGGCCAAGGUGGAAGAGGAGAAGAAGGAUGAGGAGAAGGAGGACCCCAAAGGCAUUCCCGAGUUGCUAACGGUUUUCAAGAACGUCGACCUGCUUAGCGACAUGCUGCAGGAACACGAUGAACCCAUCCUCAAGCACUUACAAGAUAUCAAAGUCAAAUUUUCAGACCCUGGCCAGCCCAUGAGCUUCUCUUUAGAAUAUUUCUUUGAGCCCAAUGAGUUCUUCACAAACACGUUGUUGACAAAAACCUACAAGAUGAGGUCUGAGCCUGACGAGAGCGACCCCUUCUCCUUCGACGGGCCUGAGAUCAUGGGCUGCACAGGGUAAGACGUGCUCCGUCAAACUGC